GUCUGUCUCUCAUUUGGACAGAUGUUUAAAAGUAUGUCUGGAUAAUUCCUUUGAAAAAUCUCUCUCUAAAUCUUCUUCUUUUACAUCAAAAAUCUGAUCCUGCCCAAUUACAUCUGAAAUCACAGUUGCUUUUGUUUCCAGUUGUUUGAGCCAAACACCAAUAUAUUAGUAUGUGUAUACAAAAUCAACUAUUUUGAUGAAGCUUCUAAUGAGUUCCAACUGAAAAAAUUUUGCUCACAGUUCUCAAGCUCGAAACAAGCAGGAAAGUUUUUGACAAAUUUACAGUACAUUUCCUGGUCAAAGUUUGGUUGGUGUGGUUCAUCAAAGUUUGGAAAACAAAGCUGGUUUGCAUUCCUAAUUUCUACCAAAAUAGACCCAGGUUUACUUAAAAGUUCAAUUUCUUUCCAAUAAUAGCAGACGAAAAUCUCCACCAGCCUCUGCAAUUCGUGUUUUCCAAGCACUGAAAACAGACCUCAUGUUUAGACUAGUAGAAAAAUGGAGCUCCAAUGUCCCACAUUGAAAAUUCUCUAAAGAAUUUAAUUCUUCAUAAGUUAGACUUGAAACGCACCGAAUCGCCGGGCUCAGUAACGAGGGCCUGUAACCAGAGUUGGGGUAUUAAGGUGUUGAGACAUUGUCGCGGCCCACUUGUUUGGGUCUAGGGAGGCUCACUUCUGGCCCAUCUGUUCCAAGCCAAGAGCAGAAGAGCCUUGUGGUUUGGGCGAAGGCCAUAUUAUAUGGUUCUUCGCCCAAAUGACAAGGUUCGUACCGCGGAGGGCACCGCGUGAGGCUGGCUUCACAGAGCAGCGAUCACCUCCCUCUUCUGGCAGUGGAAGGAUAACGGGUCAGUGCUACCUGGGCCCCAACUUGGUAGAAUGGGCGGUCUCUAAUCGAACCAACACUUUUUGGACUUUCAAGCUUGUGAAAACAUGAGCUGGGCCUACACUAUUUUGUGAGAAAUUUUUGCCUUCUGUUUUUUGUUUUAUAAUGUAUUCAAACAAUAUAAAUUUUUAGCGGAUGUUUAAAAAAAUGCCUUAAAUGUGUUCUUUAAUUUUCAUCCCAUUUUCUGAGCUUUGUUAUUAUUAUUAUUAUUAUUAUUAUACAUUUAAAAUGUGCUUUCAAUUAUUAUUUAAGAUAUGACUAAUUAACUGUACCCCAUCUUCAUCUACUUCUCGAUCUUCAACUUCUCAGGUAAAGUCAAAUUACAGCAUAGAUCUAAUUAAUAUUAUAUUAUGGGAAAGUUACCAAAUACAGUUCAAGAUUCAAUUUGAAACUUGAAACAACUUUUUAGAGUUUUGAGCACAGUUUCAUGUAAACAAAUUUAGCCAUUGGAAUGGUUGAAAAGUGGGUAACCUAAUUUGUCAUCUAUCAGUAAAUAAAUCAACGGUCACUUUUAUCUCUUAAAUAAAAAUAAAUAAAUAAACUAUAAAAAAUGUGUGUAAUUACUAAUUAAGUCGUAAAUGAGCUUGUAUGACUUCCAAGUUCUGCCCUGAGUUUUUAACUGUGAGGCAUUUUCUCGGUCAGUCCGUCUUCCUUCCUUCUCAGCUCUCCGAAUUUCAGGUUUGAUUUCUCUUAAACCGACCGCUUCCGUCUUUCAGUUAAAUUCUGUUACUUUGUGUUUGUCAGUGCGUUUGGUUGCUGGGAAAUUGUGGAGAAAAGUUACAAUUUAGUGUCUGAAAGUUUUUGGUUGCAUUCAAGCUAAACCAGUGGGCUCGAUUAUGCUCAGUCGAGUGGAGUUAUUAUUAUUAUUAUUAUUUUAAAUUUUUAUUAUUCCUUGAGCUUCAUUGAAAUGAAGAUUAAGAAUUCUUAAGAAUUCAUGGAAAUGUAAUCUUUUUUAUCAAUUUUUCUAAUUUUUUUGUGAGCUAUUUUUGCCAAUUCAGCUCUAGCGCUUUGUAAUUCGGCGAUUGAGUAUUAUUAUUAUUAUUAUUUCUUUUUUUUUGAAAUUUUUGGUUCGAUUACUCAAUUCAGUGUCAAUGUGUUAAUCAUUGUCUAGGUUUCAGAUAAUUGUACAUUAAUUUAGGGAUUACCGAGUGACGUUGAUCGGAGAUGGCUGUAGAAGAAGAUGCAAAACAGGAAUUUGCACCACAGAAGAAAAAAGGACCCUCUGAGGAUGAUAAGAGGUCAUAUACCAUUGUACUAUUCGGACAUUGGAUGGAGUUGUUGUUGAAUCUACAAGAUCAGAAUAUGGAGGCAAGGGCACUCCAAUAAGACAAGUUUUGGGAAAAAGCAAGAUGAUAUUGGGAUUGCUGGAUGGACUUCCAACAAUGUUGAAGGGUGAAGUAGCGAUGUAUAAGAUGAAGUCUCAGUUGCACUAUGGUGAGGAUGAUUGUCCAGUUUCAGUUCGUAGUGACUUUCCGAAAGAAGAUGAACUUCAUUUUGAGAUUGAGAUGAUAGAUUUCUUCAAAGCCAAGGUCAUUAGUGAAGAUUUGGGAGUUGUAAAGAAGGUAAUUACUGAAGGACAGGGUUGGGAAUCACCAAGGGAACCUUAUGAAGUAAAAGCCUGGAUUUCUGCAAAGACAUGUGAUGGGAAAGUGAUUAUUUCUCAUACUCAAGGAGAACCUUUUUUCUUUACCUUUGGAAAGUCAGAGGUACCUAAAGGUCUUGAGAUGGGAAUUGGAACCAUGACACGGGGGGAAAAAGCGGUGAUAUUUGUUACCAGUCAGUACUUGACUAAGUCGCCUUUUAUGCCUGGGGUAGAAGAUGUUGACGAAAUUCACUUUGAUGUGGAGCUUGUCCAUUUUAUUCAGGUGAGGGACAUGCUUGGUGAUGGGAGACUUAUAAAACGCCGUAUUCAUGAUGGAAAAGGUGAUUUUCCUAUGGAUUGCCCUCUCCAUGACAGUCUACUCCGUGUGCAUUACAAAGGCAUGCUUCUAAAUGAAGAAAAGAGGGUCUUCUAUGAUACAAGAACUGAUAACAAGGGUCAGCCACUGGAGUUCAGUUCUGGAGAAGGCCUUGUGCCCGAGGGGUUUGAAAUGUGUGUUCGUUUAAUGCUUCCUGGGGAGAUAGCACUUGUCACAUGCCCUCCUGAUUAUGCAUAUGACAAGUUUCCUAGGCCAUCUAAUGUUCCUGAAGGUGCCCAUAUUAUGUGGGAAAUUGAGCUUCUUGGUUUUGAGAUGCCAAAGGAUUGGACUGGAAUGAACUUUCAAAGUAUAAUGGAUGAUGCAGAGCAGAUUAGAAACACGGGGAACAGGCUUUUCAAAGAGGGAAAAUAUGAACUUGCAAAGGCAAAGUAUGAUAAGGUACUUCGGGAAUUUAAUCAUGUUAAUCCACAAGAUGAUGAGGAAGGGAAAGUAUUCGCAAAUACUCGUAAUUUGUUGUAUCUGAAUGUGGCUGCAUGCUACCUGAAGAUGGGGGAGUGCAAAAAAUCCAUUGAAACAUGCAAUAAGGUUAUAGAUGCUAAUCCUGGACAUGUCAAGGCUCUGUACCGACGUGGUAUGGCCUAUAUGGCAUCUGGAGAUUUCGAGGAAGCAAAUAGUGAUUUCAAAAUGAUGAUAAAACUUGACAAGUCGUCAGAACCUGAUGCAACAGCUGCUCUUCUUAAACUAAAGCAGAAGAAGCAGGAGAUUGAGACAAAACAACGGAAACAAUUUAAGGGACUUUUUGACAAGAAGCCAGGGGAAAUUGCAGAAGCUCGAACUGAAGAAAAAGAAGAUCAGAAUGUAGGUGAAGAGAAGAAGAAUGCGGAGAAGGAGGAUUCAGAUGGCAGCAGUUCAGAUGAAUCUCAAGAAGCUGUGGAUGGUGCACGUCAAAGGGGUUGGUUCUCCCUCUUCUGGCCUACUGGUAGUAGAAUAUUUUCAGCUCUCGGGUUACGAAGAUGUACCAUUUUGUGAGGUAGCGUCUAAUUUUGGAGUCCGGGCAAUACUUGUUAAGAGGGAAUUCUGCAUGCUAUAACCAAAUGGACGUGGUCACUCUGAUUAGAGGAAAAAGUGAAUGUGAUCAUUGUUGAGUUUUUAAAAAAUAAAUACUAAUGGCAGGUAUGUAAUUCAUAUUAUGCAGAGUAAACUUUUGGUUCAUUUCAUAAUUAUAGGAUUACCCAAAAUAGGACUCCUGAAAUUGUGAAAGAAAGAAAUAGAAAGUUCAAAGAGAUGGAAUAAAGAAUGUUCUUAUUUUAGUCUUUUCA